GCUCUUCACCUGCUUAGCAGACGAGGUUCACCAUUACCCGGAAGUUCUUCCUUGUAAGGAGGUGGGGGGGGUCUUUUCUCCCUUGAUGCAGCGAGUGUUCCCCCCUCUUUUCGCCGCUUCCAUGGGGGCUGAUUGAGAAGAGUCCAGAGAUGGAGAGCUGCAUCCUCCUUGGCACUAACCCACACCCUCUUAUCUUGGGUUGCUAUGGGAAUCUUAUGAUAAUCUGAGAGGAAGUAAGUCCUGGUAACAUUGCAGCUACUCAUGAUGUGCCUGAAGUGAAGAGGAAGGGAAACACUUAACAUAUCCGAGGGCUAAGGCUCUGCUGUGUCAUGGCUACGGACUCUGGUGAAUCAGCCAGCACAGAGGAAUCGGAGAAACCUGAUGGAGUUUCUUUGGAAUGUGGGGACUCCUCGGCUGAGGCCGCUUUGACCAUGGAGGCUAGGACCAAAGAGGGGGUCAACACACCUGCCCUUGGGGCAGUGACAGAGAGGAAGAGGUUUUUCCGGAAGAGCGUGGAGAUUAUGGAGGACGAAAAAGUCUUGGAGCCUGUUCCGAGGGAUGAUCAGGACCCGUUCACGGCGGACAGCCAGGGAGUAGGCCACUUGGCGGUUGGCACCCUAGCGGCAGGGCAGGAGACCAGAAACGAACAUGGCUUGAAGGUAAAUUUGGAGGCAUCCAAGGAAAGGACCAAGAAGGAAAUAGAGGAGGAAGCAGAGAUGAAGGCUGUGGCUACGUCCCCCGGUGGAAGAUUCUUGAAGUUUGACAUCGAACUGGGGAGAGGGGCCUUCAAAACCGUCUUCAAAGGUCUGGACACAGAAACCUGGGUGGAAGUUGCAUGGUGUGAACUGCAGGACAGGAAGCUGACCAAAGCAGAGCAGCAGAGGUUUAAAGAAGAAGCCGAGAUGCUCAAAGGGCUGCAGCAUCCUAACAUUGUCCGGUUUUAUGAUUCCUGGGAAUCAACGGUCAAAGGAAAGAAGUGUAUUGUAUUAGUAACGGAACUGAUGACGUCUGGGACUCUGAAGACAUACUUGAAGCGUUUCAAAGUCAUGAAGCCAAAAGUCUUAAGGAGUUGGUGCCGACAGAUUUUGAAAGGACUGCAGUUCCUACACACGAGGACCCCUCCUAUCAUCCACCGGGAUCUAAAAUGUGACAACAUCUUCAUCACAGGCCCCACUGGAUCGGUGAAGAUUGGUGACCUGGGACUGGCUACCUUAAUGCGCACAUCGUUUGCUAAGAGUGUCAUUGGGACACCUGAAUUCAUGGCUCCUGAGAUGUACGAAGAACAUUAUGAUGAGUCUGUAGAUGUCUAUGCUUUUGGAAUGUGUAUGCUGGAGAUGGCAACCUCAGAAUACCCUUACUCCGAGUGCCAGAAUGCAGCUCAGAUCUAUCGGAAAGUAACCAGUGGCAUUAAACCUGCCAGUUUUAACAAGGUAACUGACCCGGAGGUGAAAGAGAUCAUUGAAGGAUGCAUUCGGCAAAACAAGUCUGCUAGAUUGUCCAUCAAAGACCUCUUGAACCAUGCCUUCUUUGCCGAGGACACCGGACUCCGGGUGGAGCUGGCAGAAGAGGACGAUGGGCUGGAUGCCUCCUUGGCUUUGAGGCUGUGGGUAGAAGAUCCCAAGAAGCUGAAAGGAAAGCACAAAGACAACGAAGCGAUUGAGUUCAGUUUCAACUUGGAAACGGACGUCCCGGAGGAAGUAGCUUGUGAGAUGGUGAAGUCGGGAUUCUUCCACGAAAGUGAUUCCAAAGCCGUUGCUAAAUCCAUCAGAGAUCGCGUCACCCUGAUCAAGAAGAUCCGGGAGCGGAGGCAAAUGGGCUGCCUGGAGGAACGGAAAGAGUCUCAAAGCAAGCUGCCAGGUGGCCUGCCGUUACUCCAACCCCAGGGCUCCUCGUUCACCACUUCCUGUCAGCCGAGCAAGACUGAAUGCGAAGAAACGGAGGUCGAUCAGCACGUCCGCCAGCAGAUCCUUCAGCAAAUUCAGCAUAGCUCCUCCCUCAUAGCUGACAGCUCGUCUGAGAGAGGAGUGGGGUCUGUUAUACUGUCCGACGCCUCCAGCCAACAUAGCCUGGCUUUCUCCUCGGAACAGAUGACGGGCACUCAGCAAGCCUCCAACCUCUCGCAAGUCGAAAGCAGUGUUCAAGGACAAAUGUACACAUCUCAGCAAAUGACGGGGCAUUAUCCAUCAAUGCCGGGGGUGCAACAGCAGCCAACAAACGUGACCCACCCCAACGUUUUACCCCUGGUCCAGAAUCAGCCUUCGGCUCUCCCUACCCAAAGCUUGGCUCCGCCUGUGGCUUGCCCGUCACAGGUCUCCCCCGUCGCAGUUCAGCAGCUCGCACCACGAAUGCCUCCAGAUUCACAAGUAUCCUAUGGUAUGGAGGGACAGACUGUGGAUGGAUCUGUCAUGGGAGUCCCUCAGCAGAUCUUGACUGUAACCUCCCCUCCGAAUGUACCUGCUCCACAAAUAGCGAACCAGCAGAUGUCAGCUAACCAGCAGAUGGACUCAGCCACUCAAGUCGGUGGUCAAGCGUCAUCUGCUGCAGGAUCGGUGGAAUUGGAGCAUUCGUCCGCCAGUUUUGUGCCUGUCAAUCACUCUCCUGUGGUACAGGGGAAGUCCUCGGUUCAGUUAAUCAACAAUAUUCAAAGCUUAGCCCAGGGUCUCCCAAAUGCCUCGGCGGCACAGUCAGUUCCACAGGGAGUCACGUCCAUGCAACAGCCUCAGCAGGUUCUCCAGCAGGCAGCACCUGUGCAGCAGCCCCAGCAAGCACCUGAACAGAUGGCCUCCAUGCAACAGGGGGCUCAGCAGGUGAUUUCCACACAACAGCUCCCCCAGCAGGUGGCAUCCACCCAACCAGUUCCACAGCAAGUGACAUCCACGCAGCAGGUUCUCCAGCAGGUUCCUCAACAGCAGCUGUCCUCUGUGCAGCAGGCGCCCCAGCAUGUGUCCUCCAUGCAACAGCCCCUGCAAGUUCCACAGCAGGUGGUGCCCACACAGCUCCCUCAACACAUUCCCCAGCAAGUGCCAUCCUUACAGCAACCCCAGCAGGUGGCGUCUCUGCAGCAACCCCAACAAGUUUCUCAGCAGGUGGCAUCCCCGCAGCAACCCCAACAGAUUCCUCAGCAGAUGGCUUCCCUGCAGCAACCCCAACACGUUCCUCAGCAGAUGGCUUCCCUGCAGCAACCCCAACAGGUUCCUCAGCAGAUGGCAUCCCCGCAGCAACCCCAACAGGUUCCUCAACAAAUGGCAUCCCUGCAGCAACCCCAACAGGUUCCUCAGCAGGUGGCGUCCCUGCAGCAACCCCAGCAGAUGGCAUCCCCGCAGCAACCCCAACAGAUUCCUCAGCAGGUGGCAUCCCUGCAGCAACCCCAACAGAUUCCUCAGCAGGUGGCAUCCCUGCAGCAACCCCAACAGAUUCCUCAGCAGAUGGCAUCCCUGCAGCAACCCCAACAGAUUCCUCAACAGAUGGCAUCCCUGCAGCAACCCCAACAGGUUCCUCAGCAGAUGGCGUCCCUGCAGCAAUCCCAACAGGUUCCUCAGCAGGUGGCUUCCCUGCAGCAACCCCAACAGGUUCCUCAGCAGAUGGCGUCCCUGCAGCAAUCCCAACAGGUUCCUCAGCAGGUGGCUUCCCUGCAGCAACCCCAACAGGUUCCUCAGCAGAUGGCAUCCCUGCAGCAACCCCAACAGGUUCCUCAGCAGAUGGCGUCCCUGCAGCAAUCCCAACAGGUUCCUCAGCAGGUGGCUUCCCUGCAGCAACCCCAACAGGUUCCCCAGCAGAUGGCGUCCCUGCAGCAACCCCAGCAGGCUCCCCAGCAGAUGGCGUCCCUGCAGCAACCCCAGCAGGCUCCCCAGCAGAUGGCGUCCCUGCAGCAACCCCAGCAGGCUCCCCAGCAGAUGGCGUCCCUGCAGCAACCCCAGCAGGUGGCGUCCCUGCAGCAACCCCAGCAGGCUCCCCAGCAGAUGGCGUCCCUGCAGCAACCCCAGCAGGCUCCCCAGCAGAUGGCAUCCCUGCAGCAACCUCAGCAGGUUCCUCAGCAGAUGGCGUCCCUGCAGCAACCCCAGCAGGCUCCCCAGCAGAUGGCAUCCCUGCAGCAACCCCAGCAGGUUCCUCAGCAGAUGGCGUCCCUGCAGCAAUCCCAGCAGACAACGUCCCUGCAGCAGCCUCAGCAGAUGGCUUCCCUGCAGCAGAACCAGCAGGUGACAUCCCUGCAGCAACCGCAACAGAUGGCGUCUUUGCAGCAACAACAGGCUCCCCAACAGAUGAUGUCCUUGCAGCAACCACAACAAAUGGCACCUUUGCAGCAACAACAGGCUCCCCAGCAGAUGAUGUCCCUGCAGCAACCCCAACAGGUUCCCCAGCAGGUGGCAUCCCUCCAACAACCACAACAGAUGGCACCUUUGCAGCAACAACAGACUCCCCAGCAAAUGACGUCCCUGCAGCAACCACAAGUUCCUCAGCAGAUGAUGUCCCUGCAGCAACCACAACAGAUGGCGUCUUUGCAGCAACAGCAAGUUCCCCAGCAGAUGAUAUCCUUGCAGCAGCCCCAGCAGGUGACGUCGCUGCAGCAACCCCAACAGGGGGCGUGUUUGCAGCAACCCCAGUUGGUGGCGUCUCUUCAGCAACCCCAAAACGUUCCCCAGCAGGUGGCAUCUUUGCAGCAACCUCAACAGAUUCCCCAGCAGAUGGCAUCCCUACAACAGUCCCAACAGCUGCCAUCUUUGCAGCAACCCCAACAUUUUCCCCAGCAGGUGGCAUCUUUCCAGCAACCCCAACAGGUGACAUCUUUGCAGCAACCCCAGCAGGUGACGUCUCUGCAGCAACCCCAACAGGUUGCUCAGCAGGUGACAUCCCUGCAGCAACCCCAACAGGUGACAUCUUUGCAGCAACCCCAGCAUGUUCCCCAGCAGGUGGUGUCCCUGCAGCAACCCCAACAGGUGACAUCUUCGCAGCAACCCCAACAGGUUCCCCAGCAGGUGACGUCUCUGCAGCAAAACCAGCCAGUUCCCCAGCAGGCGGCAUCUUUGCAGCAACCUCAACAAAUUCUCCAGCAGGUGGCAUCAAUUCAGCAGCUGCCUCAGGUGGCAGUCAUGCAGCAGUCUUCACAAGUCGCUCAGCAGGUUAGUUCCUUGCAGCAGGACUCCCAGCAGAUGGUCUCUGUUCAGCCUCCCCAGCAGGCAGCAUCUGUGCAUCAGAUCUCCACCAUGCCGCCUUCUCAGCAGACGGGACUGAUGCAGCCAAGCCAGCCAUAUCAAGGGAUGCCCGUCGAUUCUUUGGCCUCUCUGGCCCAGCAAGAGCAGCAGGCUGUUCCCGUUCACCAGUCGGCAGAUCAGCAUCCUUGUGCAGCGCAACAGAUGUUGUACCAUCUUCCUCUGCAGCCACAGAAACAGGAGCAGUUUGUCCUCCAUGCCAGUUCCACGGAGCAGUUGCCCCCUUCCGUUCAGCAGGAUGCAGAAAGACAGCAGGCAGAGCUCUCGGGUUCAGCUUCGGAACAGGUGGCUUAUCCGGUGCAGAACCAGUACCAGCUGCAAGGCCACGAGCAGCUGAGGUAUCAAAUGCAGCCCCCGCAUCAGCUCCAGCCUUCAGAGCAGCCAAAGCACCAAGCACAGCCAAAUAACCAGCUGCAGGCUCCUGAGCAUGUAGCGUGUCAGAUGCAUGUCGCUUACACGAUGCAGGGUCCAGAGCAGCCUCCCUGCCCUGAACAGUUAGUUUAUGCGGUUUCGGGGGCCUAUCCGGGGCAGCCCUUGGAUCAGCCAACAUAUCCAAUGCAGCCUUUCUACCCCGGGCAGGCAGCUUAUGUUACUCAGCCAACACCCUAUCUUUCUCAGCCUCCAGAGAUCCAGCAGCCUCACUUAGCCAGCCAGGUGACAGAGCAGCUGAAUUUUGCCAUGCGCUCCCCCAAGCAGACAGCAUACAGGAUGCAGGACGGCAGCACCGGCAGCACGGAACAACAGAUCUGCUUGGCACAACCCACGGAAGUCCAUGUUUAUCCUGCGGAGCAGCAGCAGUCGGAGCUGUCAGCGUAUCUGGUCCAGCAAGAUCUUGGCAGAGGAGGGAACCAACAGCUGCAGCCUCCUCCUAGGCUUGCAGAAGGGCAACAGCCAGGAUUACAAAUCCCCUUACCCACGUCUCAGUCGCCUUUUGUGCCACACCUCCAGCCCCAAGCUCAGUACCAGGAGUUUAGCCAGCAUCCUGCCCCUCAGCUGCAGGCUUCGGGCUCAGCUCAGUCACUCCCAGCCACUGUCCCGCAAUCUGCCCUGAACCUGCUGCAGACCCUGUCGCCCGUACCUGAGCAGCCAGAGCAAGCUUACACAGCGCAGCAGCCCCCUGAACUGUCAGGAUUCUUGCACAGCACUCAUGUCCUCCAGCAGCCUCAAGCAUUUCAGUCUGUUGACAAUAACGAGCCGUUCCCGCCCCAGUCCGUGCAGCCAGCGCAUGUCCCUCACCAGCCCGUUUGUCAGAUGCCCAUGUUGUCAGCAGAGUUGAUGGCCCAGCAGCAGGCAUCUGCUAAUAGUUCUCUGGCGGCAGCCUCGAACCUGCAAACGCUACUCAGUGCAACGACUCAGCCACAAGUUCAAGGACAAAAUGUCCCACAGGUCUCCAUCUCAGCACCGGAACAACAAACAGCCGUUCAAAAACAAGAUUCUGUUCAAGGCCCAGUUCCUGAUGCAGCCCCACUGAAGGACAGCGCCAACGGGAACGACCUUCCUAGCGGAAAUGGCAAGGACAAGAGCAAGCAGAGGAGGGCGUCCUGUGCCCGAGCAGAGAAGGGAACCAAAUUCCAGCUCACUGUGCUUCAGGUGUCAACAUCAGGGGACAACACCGUGGAAUGCCAGCUAGAGACUCACAACAACAAGAUGGUGACGUUUAAAUUUGAUGUUGACGGAGAUGCUCCAGAAGACAUUGCUGAUUACAUGGUCGAAGAUAACUUUGUACUGGAAAGCGAGAAAGAGAAAUUUGUGGAGGAACUGAAGGCCAUCGUGUGCCAGGCCCAGGACAUCAUUCGUAGCCUUCCUGCCGAAGAGAGAACUUCUGGCGCGGAUGCCACUUCUUCAGAUCCGGCUUGUGCCCAGACAGGAUCUUCUGAACAAGUUCAGAUAAACCCAGCAUCUACUCAAACGGGCAGCGAGUCUGCUCCCCAGUCAUCUCCUGUUGGACGCUGGAGGUUUUGCAUCAAUCAGACAAUAAGGAACAGAGAAUCCCAGGUGCCUUGCACUCUUGUCCAGUCAACGACAGUUGUCUCGGGGUGUAAGACGACAAGCGAAUCUGUGAUGGGUCAAAAAGAAGACUCACCGAAGGAGAACACAAAUGAAGAUGGCCCCCAAGAUUGUCCACAGGCUGUGGAAAAUGCUAGAAGCCAGCCUAGGCUCACCCCUUCUUCCAGCUCAAGCGAGCCAACGAGCGACAGUGCGGCAGGUGAACCUCAGACACUGGAAACCGAGCAGUCGGUUCUUUCUCGUCACACCGAAGAUGGCCCAGAGGACUCACUUCCUGCCAUUGGCGGUGACAACAACGAGGGUAUCGUUCCUGAGCCUACUCCCAGUCUACCAUCUUUGGGGGCAGAGACCCAAGCUAACGACAUUCACUUGUCUUCGCAUGUGCCGCAACCAGCGUCUGACACUGCUGAGCCAAAUCUGUCCACCUCCACACCGACCCCCAGUCACGUCCCGGCCACCGAGGAAGAAGAUAACUCAGCAAAUGCUGAGCAGCCCGGUUCUUUGGCUCAGACCCCAGUCCAGGAAGGUGCUUCCCUCCCCUCCACUCUAGAAUCAGACAGCGAGGGUCCCCCUAAGAUGGACUUCGCCGAUAACAACAUCAAAACCCUGGACGAGAAGCUGCGGACGCUUCUGUACCAGGAGCACAGCUUGUCGGGCACCUCCCCUGAGAGCCAGAAAGACAUGCAGAGUGCGGUGGAGUCUCCCUUCUCUUCCUCCGCCGAAGAUACUCUUCCCUGCCUGGUGCUCGAAGGCCAGGACCCUCUCUCUCCUGGAGAGGCCCAGCAAAGCCCCAUCAAGCUUCCAGACCCCCAGGGGACCCUCAGCCCACCUGCAAGUCAUCCUGAGGGUUUGCCUCUGCUGAGGAAGGGGCAUGGAGUUGUCACUUCCGCUCCCAGCGAUCUCUGCAUGCACGAGAUGUCCCCGGAGACUUCACUUCCUGAGAACCCCGUGGCCUGUCCCACUUCAGCAUCGAGCAUUGGAGCUGUGCACCUGCAUGCAGGAGGUGGAUAUUUUGGCCUAAGCUUUACUUGCCCUAGUCUCAAAAACCCCAUUAGCAAGAAAACCUGGACUCGCAAAUUAAAAAGCUGGGCAUGCAGGCUACGGCAGACCAGCUUUUUCAAGAGAGCAAAAGUCCGGCAAGAAUUCACAACAGAGGAGAUGUCAAGUGAAGACUGGUUUUCUCCUCCUGAGCAAGCAACUGUGGAGAAUGAAGCAACUGGUCAAUCUAAACCUCUGACUGGGACGUUUCAGCGAGGUCGAUUUCAGGUCAUGACGGUGCCCCAGCAGGUAGCUUCUGGCGGCUCAGAAACUGACCCUCCUCCCUCAGAACCUGGGGCAGGAGAAAUCGCUCCCACAGAGGGAGAAAUGGCCACGGGGAAAACAGACGCCUCAUCCACCACCCCCGAGCAGCGGGAGCCAGAGGAGACCACAGCCACUGGCAGCAGCGGGCAGUCUUGCUCUGAGCCGUGGACCAAAGGAGGUUUUGUGCGGAAGCAGCUGAGCUCUGACAGCGAACUGUCUGCCCCCAUGGGCGGUGGCCUAGAGGGCUGGGAACGAAGCCAGCGAUCGCAAGAUGAGCGGGGCAGCACCCACGGCAAGAGGCGCAGCUCCCUCUUUUAUUCCCCGUCAUCCCCAAUGAGCAGUGACGAUGAGUCUGAGAUUGAAGACGAAGAUCUGAAGGUGGAGCUGCAGCGCUUGCGGGAGAAGCAUAUUCAGGAAGUGGUGACCCUUCAGGCUCAGCAGAACAGGGAGUUGCAGGAAUUGUAUGAGCGGCUCCGGUCCAUCAAAGAUAGCAGGUCAGAAUCGUCCGAAGUCUCCCUGCAACUGUCUUCUCCACGCCGGCCCAAAUCGUUCAAAAGCAAGCUGCGCAGCAGGCCCCAGUCCCUCUCACAUGCUGACAAUGGCAUUGUGGCUGCUGAAUGUUGCUGUGCCACCACUGCUGCCUCUGUGAUAGACUAUCAGCUGAGCAUUCAGGCCCACCUGCUGCACCAGAGCUGUUCCCAGGCAGAGCCUAGCCAAGAUCCCCUCUGCAUCGUCAGCAGCACCGCAUCUUGCCAGCAGGCUACAGCCAGUAAGAAAGGGAUGUUCACGGACGACCUGCACAAGUUGGUGGAUGACUGGACAAAAGAAAAGGUGGGGAACUCCCUGAUCAAGCCGAGCCUCAACCAGAUCAAACAGAACAAGCACCGGCUGGACGCUGAUAGCUGGAGCAAAGUGUACGAGACAACGUCGUCCACGGUGGGCUACACGUCGACGUGGAUUUCUUCGCUUUCCCAGAUCCGUGGGACCGUCCCGACCGCUUUGCCCCAAGGACUCCCCCUGUCGCCCUUCCCCGGCACGCUGACAUCCUACGGAGUACCCCACGUAUGCCAGUACAACGCCAUGGCGGGGACAGCUUACCCGGUGCAAUGGGUGGGCAUUUCCGGCACAGCCCAGCAGUCCGUUGUCGUCCCCGCUCAACCCUUGGGACCGUUUCAGCCGGGGAUAAGCAUGCCAGCGUUCCCAGCGUCACCUGUGCAAAACCCAGCUCCCAUCCCCCCGGGUCCUAAAUGAAGGCGGAUGGUUAACGGAGGAUAGAUAUGGGGACUGUGCCUAUAACUCAUGAUUCCAUUCCUCUGCCUUGCAUUCUGUGGCCUGGAUUUUUUCGGUGGGGAGGGUGCCUUCCCCAGUGCAGUGACACGGGAGCAGUGGGGGAGACUGCCUUUGCAUUCUCCUCUUUGAAAUACUUGAUUUAGUUUUCUUGGGGAGAGGGGGGGGGAUUUUUUUUAAGUACUUGAGAGAGCUUUGGCCUGUGUGUCUCAUCGUUCUUGAGAUGGACAGCAUGCCCAUCUGCUGCUUAUGAACGAGCCUU